AUUAAUCAGCAUAAACAUGACAAUUUUUUCUCCAAAAUCGAAUAUGAUUCUUCUUACGUUGUCCCCUCAACCUUCUCUAUAAAUCAGCCAAAACUAAAGCUAUUCCGAUGAGGGAAGCUUUAGUUUCAUACAGUUCCAAUGGCUACACUCUCUCUCUUCUUCUACCUCAUCUCUCUCCUCUCUCUCCUCACCUUUUCUUCAUCAUCAACAUCACCAGACACCAUCACCAUCUCCCUCUCACCCUUCACCAGAACCCCACACUCCAACCUAUGGCAGAGGCUCAACCGCCUAGUUUCUUCAUCUCUCUCCAGAACUCACCUCAUCAAACACCCCCACAAGAACAAUUCUCUCACCAAAACAUCUGUUUUCCCUGAAAGCUAUGGAGGCUACUCCAUACCUCUCAGCUUCGGCACACCCCCACAAACCCUCUCUUUCGUCAUGGACACUGGUAGUAGCCUAACGUGGUUCCCAUGCACACAAAGAUAUGAUUGUUUCCAAUGUAAUUUCCCAAACAUAAACCCCAAAAACAUAUCAACUUUCUUUCCCAAACGAUCGUCUUCUGCAAAGCUUUUGGGUUGCAGGAACGAGAAAUGCGGGUUGAUAUUUGGCCCGGAUGUGAAUUCUCGGUGCAGAGGCUGCGAUGGAAGUUCCGGUAACUGUACACAGACUUGUCCGGUGUAUUUGGUUCAGUAUGGGUCCGGAGCAACAACUGGGUUUCUACUUUCCGAGAAACUUGUUUUUCCCGACAAAAUUGUGAGUGAUUUUGUUGUUGGGUGCUCACUUUUUUCUUCCCAGCAACCCUCUGGCAUCGCCGGAUUCGGCCGUGGGCCGGAAUCGUUGCCGGCGCAGAUGGGUCUCAAGAGGUUCUCUUAUUGUCUGGUGUCUCACAGUUUUGACGGCUCUCCGGUAAGUAGUGACCUUGUUUUGGUCGGUGGGUCAGAUUCCGGCGAUGGCAAGUCCCGUAAUGUGAGUUACACACCGUUUCGCAAGAACCGUAUCACCCCAAACUCCAUAUUUCGAGAAUAUUACUACGUAACUCUUCGGAAAAUCACCGUCGGCGGCGUUAAUGUCAAAGUUCCUUACAGUUUUCUGGUGCCGGGAAGUGACGGCAACGGCGGUACUAUGGUUGACUCCGGCACGACUUUUACGUCCAUGGACGAGGAGGCUUAUGAGCUGGUAACACAAGCAUUUGAAAAGCAGAUGGCCCACUAUAGUCGAAAUGCUGACGUGGAAAAUCAGUCCGGUUUAAGGCCAUGUUUUGAUAUAUCCGGAAAAAAACCGUUAUUUUAUCCGAAAUUAAUUUUUCAUUUCAAAGGUGGUGCAAAAAUGGAUUUGCCUAUGGCAGAUUAUUUUUCCUUUGAAGGUUCGAGUGCCGUGUGCAUGACAAUCGUGUCGAAUGGUGCCGAUAGUCGAGCGUUCGGGCCUUCGAUUGUUAUCGGUAAUUAUCAACAGCAAAAUUUUUACAUGGAGUAUGAUUUGGAAAAUGAGAGGCUCGGAUUUCGAAAACAAAUUUGUAAGUGAGUUAGUGGAGCACACGGAGAAAUGAUGAUGGUGGCAAUAGAGUAAUAUAGAGCUCAUUGUAUUCUUAGCUCGUUGUGGGAAUGAUUUUAAUACUGAAAUUCAAAUUAUGAACUGUAAAGUAGAUUAGCAUGUACCAUGUUUAAGGAACACUUGGUGUAUGUCCUUUUUUGGGACCUUUAGACUUUAAGGGACUUGUUCUAAUGAUCAAGAAACAAGAAACAAGAAAGUGUCUUGUCCUAUUUUUUUUCCUGUAAAUCAGAGUAGAAUUGGAACACUUUCUAAGACGGGAUUCAA